UGUUUUGGAAUCUAAUCUUACUUGCAAAAACGUCUUAAGCGUGUGUCGAUAACCCGCGCUGACGCUAGAGAGCAAUUUGUUAACUACCGAGUUUGCGUGAACGGUUCUAAUCCGACUCUACAAAUACCGGUAAAGUAUGGAUAUCGAGUUUAGUAGUUGACCUGGCACAAUGAAAUCAGCACUCUGCUUAUUGCUCGGUCUAUUGGCUCUGUGUUUGCAUAUUUCUGAUGCUAUAUCUCUCUCUGUAGUUGAACGGACAGAUUAUUUGAACGAUCGACCGAUCAUCGGGAUUUUGACGCAGGAAAUCAGCUACUCGCUUAACCUGAAGUAUCCGAACCAGUACGAAAGUUAUAUCGCUGCAUCUUACGUGAAAUUUGUCGAAGGUGCCGGAGCUUUAGCCGUGCCAAUAUGGAUCGGCAAAGACGAGUCUUACUACGAAGACAUUCUCAGCAAAGUAAAUGGCGUUCUUUGGCCAGGUGGUAGCUCGUAUUUUAACGUGAGCGAUGGAUAUGCCGAAGCUGGAGCGAUUAUUUACACUAUCGCUACAAGACUCAACAAUCAGGGCGACUAUUUUCCAAUUUGGGGUACGUGUUUGGGCUUCGAAUUGAUGACUUAUGUAGCGGCCGGUGGUAUCGAGCAUCGAACCGAUUGUUCAAGUAACAAACAGGCCUUGCCUCUGGAAUUCGUAUCGGAUUUCAAAUCUAGCCGGAUGUUCGAAAAUGCUUCGGAAAAAGUAAUUGAUAUUUUAUCAACUUACGACGUAACGGCAAACUUCCACCAGUACUGCGUCACUCGAGAUGACUUGAAGAAAGUCAAUCUUACUUCGGUGUUCAGGGUAAUGUCGGUUAAUCACGAUUGGAACGGGCUUGAGUUCAUAUCCAGUAUUGAGCACGUCGAGCUGCCUUUUUACGGGAUACAAUUUCACCCUGAGAAAAAUUUGUACGAAUGGGUAGCUAAUAAGAAUAUCCCGCACAAUCCAGAGGCUUCACUCGCGAGUCAAUACUUCGCCAAUUUCUUCGUUAACGAGGCGAGGAAAAAUUCACACUCCUUUCCCAACGGCGCUGACUUGGACGAACUGAUAUACAACUAUCAGAUCACUUUCACUGGGCGAAAGAAUUCUUCGUUUAUGCAGACUUAUAUGUUCACGAAUCUGACGACAACAGAUUGAAUCACCGUCAGUAUGAUUUUCGAAAUAGAAAGAACUUUAAUUAAUAUGUUAAAAUGAUAUUAUGUUCGCAACUGAAGAAAUGGAUUUUUGGUGAAAUGGACGGAGAAAUAUAGCUGGUGGAGUAAUUCAAAAAGAA